CGGAAACGCAAGGCGACGACCGAAGAAGAAGCGGAAGACAGCCACGAAGACUCCUCCUCAGACAGUGAUGAGGGUGAACCGAAAAAGAAGCGACAAAAGGCGGCAGCAGACAAAAAGGUGAAAGAGGCGGAGCCGGAGGAGGAGGAGGAAGAAGAAGACUCUUCCGAGGGCGAUCAGGCGUCGAACGAUGACGAUGAUGAGGUCUACUCUCCCGGCAACAAGAAAACCAAAAAAACCAAAAAACCCCGGAAAACAGCCAAAACACCAAAACAAACAAAAACAAAGACGCUAUCGCCUGCAUCCGAAAAGAAGGCCGCAGUAAAGGCGGCGAAACCCGCGCCGAAGAAGCGCCGCACUGUCCUGGAGAGCGAUGACGAAGAGGAGGACGAACAGCCACUGGCCAAAAUGGUACCAGAGAAGCAGGCUUUCCCCAGCGACGAGGAACUGAAAAUUAAGGUCAUUGAGCUCUUGAAGACCUCCAACUUGCAGGAGACUUCGAUGAAAGUCGUCCGAAAUUCCGUAAGUUUGUGA